GAACUCCAUUGUUCUAUUUCACAAUUACGUAAAGUUUAGACUGUGAAAAACAUAAAUUCGUUCAGUUAAUGUCAGGAAAAGGCUUACAAGCUUCAGUGUGUGUAAAUUACAGAGGAAGAGCCGUUUAGUUAAAGAGCUUCGUACAAGGUGCAUUUACGGCUAAGAAUACUGCCUCAACAUGCAAACCCCGAAAGUCAAAGAGGGCAAACCGAAGAAGGUCAGAACAUCCAAGGGCAAGGAGGGUGGCGGCGGCGGUGGCGAUGCCGAUGACUUCGAUGCCUGGAUGAAAUCGCGACAAUUGAUCAAGCCGGAUGACCAAUUGGAGCUGACAGAGGCCGAGCUGGGCGAGGAGGUCACCAAGGUGCUAACACCAACCAAUACGAAUGUGCUGCGCAAUUUGGUUGUGUUUAGCUUCAAGGACGGGGAAUACGUGCUGGCACCGACGCCGAGCAAUACAGUUACUUUGAUCAGCUUUGCGGGCAAUUCGCUGCACGUGGAUUCCGAAGAAGCGCGCUACCAGGUGGAGGAGUCCGACGAAAUCGGCUAUCCUUUGCCUAUGCCCAACUAUGCUGUGGUGGAGCAGCGGGAGACUUUGCAGGAAGGCGAAGAGGAAGGCGAAGGCGAUGACGAUGAGAAGAUCGGCGUGGAUGCCAAGCCAGUACCCGAAGGCGGCGACGAGGAAGAGGUCGAAGAGGAAGAGGACGAGGAGGGUAAGCAAGAGGGUGAGCACGCGACGGAGGGCGAAGGUGGCGCCGAGGAAGAAGAGCGCGCAGGAGCACAGCCAGCAAUACCUACUUCAGGCAAAAAGAAGAAGCUCAUCAAUCAGUUCAACUACUGUGAGCGCGCCACUCUCACCUAUGUCAAUCCAAAGCGCAAUGUGGACACCCAGACGAUUCCUCCGCCGCGCUCACAAUUCGGCGGCAACGUGCUGCAGUGGAUCAUCUAUGACAGCUAUAACGAGGACUACGAGGAGCAACAGAAAAUGGGCCAAUUGGCUGGCAAGCGCGUCUCGGCCAAAAAGACUUUCAAAAAGAAAACCGCCCACGCGGAGCAGCUGAACCGCAAAUACCUGAGAUGCUGGCAGAUACUCGAGCGCAUGAUCAACCAGAACAUCUUCGACGACAUCGGCAACGACUAUCGCUACUGGGAGGAUCCGGCCGAUGAGUAUCGCGAGGGCGAGGGCAACCUGCUGCCACUUUGGAAAUUUCAAUACGAGAAGACCAAGAAGAUGAAUGUCACCGAGCUCGUCUUCAAUCCAAGCUAUUACGAUCUCUUCGCCGUUUGCUAUGGCUCGCAUGAUUUCCUAAAGCAGCACAAUGAGGGCUACCUGUGUCUGUUUACCGUGAAGAACCCAGCCUAUCCGGAUUACAUAAUUCAAACGGACUGUGGCGUCAUGUGCUGCGAUAUACAUCAGAACUAUCCCUUCCUGGUGGUUAUUGGACUCUACGAUGGCAACGUGGCUGUCUACGAUCUGCGCGAUGGCUGCAAGGAGCCGAUGUACGUGUCCAGAGGCGUCAAGUGUAAGCACGGCGAGUGCGUCUGGCAGGUGAAGUGGGGUCCGGAUAUGGCCGAUGGUGAAAUCAACUUUUACUCCGUGUCCUCCGAUGGCUGCGUCUUCAGCUGGAUCCUCAUGCAGAACAAGCUGUGGGUGACCACCAUAAUUACGCUCUAUAUCGAGAACGGCAUUGCGGAUGGCCCAGACGGCACGAAAGUAACGCUCAGAAGCGGCGGCUCCUGCGUUCAAUUCCAUCCGACGAACCCGACCGUCUUUCUCGUUGGCACCGAAAUCGGUCUGAUCUACAAGUGCAGCACGUUAUUUAGCUCCAAGUAUCUGAUGACCUACGAUGCGCACAACAUGUCCGUGUAUCGCAUCGAUUACAAUCGCUUCGACUCGAACAUUUUUGUCUCCUGUAGCGGCGAUUGGCGCGUCAAGGUGUGGGAGGAUAUGCGCGCCGAUCCGCUCUUCAUAUUUGACCUGGGCUCUGCCGUGGGCGAUGUCAAGUGGGCGCCGUACUCCAGCACCGUGUUCGCAGCUGUCACCACUGAGGGCAAGGUGCACGUCUUCGAUCUCAAUGUGAACAAGUACAAGCCCAUCUGCGUGCAGGCCGUAGUGCCCAAGCGCAAGAAUAAGCUCACUCGCCUGGCCUUCAACGAGAAGCUGCCCUUCAUCAUUGUGGGCGACGAGAAGGGCGCCACCACCUCUCUGAAGCUGUCACCCAAUCUGCGCCUCAUGGUCAAGCCGCCCAAGAAGCAGCUCUAUCUCGAUCAGCUAACACUGCAAACCGCCAAGUUAGAAAAGCUGUUAUCCUUGGUGCGCGAGCUGCCGGACGGCGAUCAAGCACCCGAUGUAGCCACGACUGUGAAUACCUAGAGCUAAUGUAUUAUAUUUUGAUAAGUUACAUAUAUAAAAUUAGUACAGAGUUCUUUAUUGUAUA